AUGUCCCGUCCGUUGAAGCGUCAACUGUGCAACGUUAGGUACCGAGUACUCCACUACUAGUGCUACUCCACCGACGCCUUGAUCGAUCUGAACCGUUGCUUUUAAGAUCCAGCGGCUGCGGGCAUGCCACCGCGAGUAUGCGAUGGUACUAUUAAUUUCCGUAUCCCAGGCUCCCAGCUCCAAAAUGGUAAAGUACGUUCUCUUUGCCUUUCCCAUAUAGCCAUAGCCAUUAUCCAAUCCAUCACUAAGUCUCACAUUCUAGCUCGUCGUCGCCGUGAAGCACACAGGCCGGUGCGGAUCGACGACACAGCACAAUGCCACACUUACACGAGAAACUAACUGCGCCUCUCCUCCUCCUUCUCCUCACCCUCACACUCGUCGCCGCCGCCGCGUCUGAUGUCCCCUUCUACCCUUCCGCGGAGGCCGCGGCGGCCGCGCAUUGCGAAGGCACGCUGUACCCGGAGCUCUGCCUGUCGACGCUGGCCACCGUCCCGGACCUCCACAAGAAGCCCCUCCCGGACGUCAUCUGCGCCACCGUGAACCGCACCGAGGUCGAGGUCGCCGACAUGGCCUCCAACUGCUCCUCCUUCCUGCAGCAGGGCAAGUCCCUCCCGCCGCGCGACCGCGUCGCCAUCGCCGACUGCAUCGAGCUCCUGGGAACCACCAUGGACGAGCUCCAGGCCACCACCUCCGACCUGCAGCAGCCCAGCAACGGCGCGACCGUGGUGGACCACGUCAUGACGGUCCUCUCCGGCGCCAUCACCAACCAGCACACCUGCCUCAGCGGCUUCACGUACCACGGGCCACGCAAUGGCGGCCAGGUGAGCCUGGCGAGACCCUACAUGGAGCCCGGCAUCCGCCACAUCUCCCGCAUGGUCAGCAACACGCUCGCCAUGGCCAAGAAGAUGCGUUCCACUAAGCCUAAUUCGCCGAGCCCGAGCGUGCAAGUGCAACGGCGGCAGCCGUUUACGGGGUACGGGCAGAUGGUGAAGGGGUUCCCGAGGUGGGUGAGGCCCGGGGACAGGCGGCUGCUCCAGGCGGCGGCAUCCGGCAUAACGGCGAACGCGGUGGUGGCCAAGGACGGGAGCGGGGGCUACACGACGGUGUCCGCGGCGGUGACGGCGGCGCCGGCCAACUCGAAGAGCAGGUACGUGAUCUACAUCAAGGCCGGGGCGUACCUGGAGAACGUGGAAGUGGGGAAGAACCAGAAGAACCUCAUGUUCAUCGGCGACGGCAUCGGCAAGACCGUCAUCAAGGCUAGCCGCAACGUCGUCGACGGCUACACCACCUUCCGCUCCGCCACGGUCGCUGUGGUGGGCAACAACUUCAUCGCCCGCGACCUGACCAUCGAGAACUCGGCCGGUCCCUCCAAGCACCAGGCGGUGGCGCUCCGCGUGGGCGCGGACCUGUCGGCGUUCUACCGGUGCAGCUUCGUGGGGUACCAGGACACCCUCUACGUGCACUCCCUCCGCCAGUUCUUCCGCGACUGCGACGUGUACGGCACCGUGGACUUCGUCUUCGGCAACUCCGCCGUGGUGCUGCAGGGCUGCAGCCUCUACGCGCGUCGGCCGCUCGCGGGGCAGAGCAACACCUACACGGCGCAGGGCCGCACGGACCCGAACCAGAACACGGGGAUCUCCGUGCAGAGAUGCAAGGUCUCCGCGGCGUCCGACCUGGCCGCCGUGCAGUCGAGCUUCAGGACGUACCUGGGCCGCCCGUGGCAGCAGUACUCCCGCACCGUGUUCAUGGAGUCGCAGAUGGACAGCGUCGUGAACCCCGCCGGGUGGCUCGAGUGGAACGGCAACUUCGCGCUCGACACGCUCUACUACGGCGAGUACCAGAACACGGGGGCCGGCGCCGCCACGUCCAACCGGGUCAAGUGGAAGGGGUACCGCGUGAUCACCAGCGCGUCGGAGGCCAGCGCCUUCACCGUGGGAUCGUUCAUCGACGGCGACGUCUGGCUGCCCCGGACGUCCGUCCCCUUCUCCACCGGGCUGUGACCUGUCGUUUCUUCAGAUCGACUGAAGGGUCACAAGCGAAAAGCUCCUAAUUUAUUGUUGAUUCUUCAUUCUUUUGUUCUUGCUGUAAAUGACAGGGGUUCGAACGUCCCUGCACCGCAUAGCUGCGUGCAAGCCCGGGUGUUAAAUCAGGUCUGCGUUUUCCAUUCCGUUAUUGGUUGUGGGUAUUCCGUGAUUGCUUAAUGCAUCAUGUAUGGGUGUUAAUCUUGUAAGAGGCAUUGAGCCAGAAAAUUCUUUUGGGAGCGAUACUUAAUGAAAAUAUCGAUGCUCUUGUCCCUCCGCAAAA